CGAGGCUCUGAGCUCUGAGGACAUUGAUCGCCGGCCUCGCCUCCGGCACGCGCAGCCGUCGAUUUGCAGCGCUGCCGCGUUCCGCAGCACUGCCCACAGCCCCCUGCGACGCCUGGGACGCUUCCGUGCAACGGCGCCGCGUUCGGCGCCGGUUGAGGGUCGCCCAAAUCUAGUCGAGUGCACCCGGUUGCGCGGCGCCGGCGGCCUCGUCGCGGCGCGGCGUGCUUGUACAUAGUUAGGGAAAGCCCCCAGAGCGCUCUCGCAGCGCUUUGGGGCUGCCGCGCUUGCACAUAUAGGUGCGGACGGCGCGACGCAGAGCGUCGGCCAGGAGACUAACAGGUGAUCCCACUCCAACAACAACAAUGGCCCACUUCCAGGAGCCGCGGUCGCCGCGGGCCCUGCGCAGCCCGCCGGCGUCGCCGGCCAAGCCCGCCGAGAGCCCGACGAGCCCGACCGCGCGCAAGACGGCGAAGCGGAGUCUGGGCGAGACGUCGCCGGGCGGCUCGCGGCCGCCGCGGCCGAAGCGCGUCAACUCCUACAGCGAGCUCAACUUCUCGUCCAUCGUGCGCGUCGACUCGCUCGGGACGAUGGCGCUGCCGGCGUUCGGGGAAGGCGGCUCGGCGUCCGAGGACGAGAAUUCGAAGCGGCGGCCCGCGCGCGCGCCGUCGUUUGGCAUCGACGUCGACGAGGAGGAGGAGCAUGGUGAGGUUGAGCAGCGGGCGGACACGACGGCGGGCGCGACUCCGCCGGCGAUCGUCGCCGCGUUCGGGUCGCGGCCCAUGCCCCCGCCGCCGCCACCGCGGGGCGCGUCGCCGGGCGUCGUCACGGCGUCGCCGGGCCCGACGCCGCCGCCGCAACCGCGGCCGUCCGUGCGGCGGAACGCGCGGUCCUUCGCCGAGCUCGGCGAGGAGGAAGUGGUAAGGGAGGACGAGCAGUGGGUCGCGCCGGAGCCAGCAUCACAGCCGUCGCCGCCCAUCGCCAUCGGCCAGCCCGCACCACAAACGCGCGCCUCGCCGCCGAUCGCCAUCGCACCGCGGGGGCCGCGGUCGCCGCCUUUGCGACCGCCGGCGCGGUCGGCGGAGCCGCGCUUCCCCACGGGCCACCGGGGCUUCGGCGAGAGCCUGGACCUCGGCGGCUUCUCACCGGGCGCGCCGCCGGCUUCGGGGUCACGGCGCUGAAUUGUUGUGUUGGACAAAUGGAACCAGACAUCAUCAUACCUUAUCCUCCCCGUGCGUAUGGCGCCACAUCCGGAACUAAAACCGUUAAUGUACGAGUUCUCCUCGCCGUCUCGCGGCGCCGGCGUCGGGGAGUCGACUCGUGAGGAGUAGGCACGCGCCUCACGAAUGAGCAACGUGUGUGAGAUGGCGCGCGCCCAACUAGGCCCCAAGAACCGGCACGCUACGGACAGCAAACAAGCGGAGACGCGCGCCCCGAGCACCCACCCUCACGCCGUCGACGCGGUGGCUCGGGGCUAGGCUCUAAGCAAAGCCGUAGACCACCAAACGAUAUACUAAGACCCUUACU